UCUCCUGGCCGAGGACUAGGCGGGCUCCAGGACGCGGCCGCAGCGCGUCCCUCUAAAAUUUGAAAUAAGUCUGUAUUCAUGAAGAGUGACUGCAUACAAACCACGAUAUGUCAAGAGAAAAAAGAUCCAAUAGAAAUGUUUCAUUCUGGGCAGCUGGUAAAAGUCUGUGCUCCAAUGGUUCGAUAUUCAAAGUUGGCUUUUAGAACACUAGUAAGAAAAUACAGUUGUGACCUGUGUUACACACCAAUGAUAGUCGCCGCUGAUUUUGUCAGAUCUAUAAAAGCCAGAGACAGUGAAUUUACCACAAACCAAGGUGAUUGCCCACUGAUUGUCCAGUUUGCUGCUAAUGAUGCAAGUCUUUUAUCUGAUGCUGCUCGUAUAGUCUGUCCUUAUGCAAAUGGAAUAGACAUUAACUGUGGUUGUCCUCAGAGGUGGGCAAUGGCAGAAGGUUAUGGCGCUUGCUUAAUAAACAAGCCAGAGCUUGUUCAAGAUAUGGUGAAACAAGUAAGAAAUCAAGUGGGAAACCCCAGAUUUUCAGUUUCUAUUAAAAUAAGGAUCCAUGAUGACCUUUCAAGAACUAUAGAUCUUUGUCGAAAAGCUGAAGCUACAGGAGUUUCCUGGAUCACAGUUCAUGGAAGAACUACUGAAGAAAGACAUCAGCCAGUGCACUAUGAUGCCAUUAGAAUAAUUAAGGAGAACAUGUCUAUACCUGUCAUUGCUAAUGGGGACAUCAGAAGCUUAAAAGAAGCAGAAAGUAUGUGGCAGAAUACUGGGACAGAUGGUGUGAUGGUUGCAAGAGGACUCUUAGCAAACCCGGCCAUGUUUGCUGGAUAUGAGGAAACCCCACUGAAGUGCAUCUGGGACUGGGUUGACAUUGCUCUGGAACUUGGAACUCCUUACAUGUGUUUCCAUCAACAUUUAAUGUAUAUGAUGGAAAAGAUAACUUCCAGGCAGGAAAAAAGAGUAUUUAAUGCUCUGUCAAGCACAUCAGCAGUCUUAGAUUACCUUACAGACCAUUAUGGCAUUUAAUAUAUAUUUUAUUUUACACCUAUCAUGAAACCAGAGGUGGUCACAUCUAGGUUUUUACUUUAUAUCAGUGGCUUUUAAACUUUAGUAUAAAAACAGUCUCUGGGAACAUUUUGAAAAAUCAGUCCUAAACCCCAUCCUCAGAGAUAGUUUUAAAGAAGACUCCAGGUGGUCCAAACAUUACAAAACUGCUCUGAAUCCUGUUAUGGAUUGGGGGGUGAAGGGAUGGAAAUUUUUUUUCCUAUUGGAAUCAUGUUUUUAACAUUUUAAAAUAAAGCUUAUUUAAUACUAAGUAUGACUCAUAUAGUAUCUGUAAGUUAAGAAGUAUAUGAGGACAGAGAAGUGAUAGCACAAAUGCGAACAUACAUAGAAAAUGAAAAUGAACAAGAAAUUCUAAAGGGAACUGCACUCAGGGCUUAUGUUAAAAAUUCAAAUGGAAAAUCACACGGCACUUCCCAAUUGAAUUACACACUUGAAGGUAUUUGUUUUUAGAAACAUAACUGAAUUUAAUUAGAUGUGAUGUUUUCUAUAAAACUAUGAUUUGAUGGGGCUCUUUAAAAUAAUAUAAAUUUAGUACAUUUCAAGCCUCCUGGAUCCUUAAAAGAUUGAGAGCUUGAUGAGACUCUGUGCCUAAAAAGUAAUACAUCUUUUUAUGCAACCCCCUACAUCUUAUAUAUUAAAAAUUUGGUAGCUAAACUAGAGAAGAUUAUGUGUUUGAAAUAUUUCAUGGAAAAUAGCAACUAGGUUUUGUUUUUCAUUUUCAAACCAAGUUUCAUACUGUGUUUUUAGUGAUGUUAUUUUUAUGCCUCCCAGCAAUUUCUUGUAACUUUAAAAAUCCCAAGGUUUGGGAAUGUUACUAAUAGAUUUUGUUAUUGGUGAAUGUACACUGCAAGAAUGAAGUAUCUCAGACUGAAAUAAAACCAUUUGUAAUUAAAGUAUUAUUCUAUGUUCCCAACAUGGAAACUCUUAUAAGGAAAUGUUUAUCUAAAACUUUUUAAUUCAAGAGUUUGGGAAUAAUUAAAUGUUUAACAUAAAAA